AUGUCCAGCACGGACGGGCUUGGCCUUGGCGCGCGUCGUCGGGCGACCACCGCCGCGCGGCGAACGACGACUCUGGAUGGCCUCCACGAGAACGUCAAGAAGGGCGUUGCAACCUACGAUCAAGAGCAGCGACAGCAGUCGCGCCGGGCAACCUUGGGGCUGGCCCCCGACCCGCGGACGCUUCAAGCCAAGCUCGACGCCCUCUCCAAGCAAGCAGUCUCCAACCGUGCCAAGGUCGGCGAGAUCAACGACCGCGUCGGUCGGAUCCUUGAAGAUUUUGACGACGCAACCACCGACGCGAUGCUGCAGUACGACCUCGCGGGCGCCCGCCUGCCUAUUGACGAGAUACCGUCGAGCCAGGCAAGCCAUAUAUUGGAGUCGAUGCGGGCGUCGCUGCACCAUGCUGUCAUGGCGCAGGCAGAGACAUUGGAAGACAUUCCGACCGAAGACACGACGCUGAUUCCGUCGACGACCGACUUCAUCGACGAUGUCCUCGACUCGUCGCGUCUACAACAGCGCCGACUGACGUCAACCGCGCUGCAGUUGAGCAAGCUCACGGGCCUCCAGCGCGCCGAACUCGAGGAGAAAAUUGCGCUUCUCGAAGGCGCGCUCUCAGACGCCGAGCAUCAGUACGCUACGCUACAGUUCAAACACGCGGCGCUGGGCAAGGACGUGACGCGACUCAGCGCCGAGCUCCAAUCCCUCAAACAGACGCAAACCAAGCUCCUCUCCAACCUGAGCGACGCCAAGAAGGAGCGAGAGGCUGCCGAGGUGGCAUUGCAUCUCGAAGCCCAAGCGCGCGAGGCGGCACUGGACGCUACGAUCCGUGGUCUGAAGCGCAAAGAGCUGCAAAUGACACGCGCCUUGAGGGAGGCCGAAGACCGCAUCAAACAACUUCUCGAGGCGCCGUCCCCCGCCGCUCCCAGUAGCAGCCCCGGGGUUUCACUGCCGCCAUUUGCCACCAGUCCUCCGCCGUUCGAGGCCAAUUCGCCAGUGCUUCCGACGACACCCAAGCCCGAGAGUCCGCCAAAGCCCACGCUUUCUCGCAAAACCACGUCGCGCGCUGAAUCGAUCAAGGCAAGUCGUAUCUACGCUGGUGCUCCGGUGGUCUACACCCACAUGGACACGACUGUGGACGUCGACGGUGCUGCAGCAAAGGACACAUCGCCCACGAAGACGCAGGCUGCUCCGUCGUCGAGCAAGCGCAUGGCGUCCUCGACCAAGCUCGCUCUGUCUACGGCGCUGCCGCCACUUUCAUCACCGCGUGCAGCGUUAACGUCACCACGCACGGGGCCGUCCACGAGCGGCACGAAUGCACUUGGCGUAUCGACGUUGAUCCAACCCUCGUCUCCAUUUGCUGCAGUCGCCAUGUCAGACUCGAGCGCCACCGUACCGAGUACAUCCUCCAAGGUCGACAGCGUCGUAGUUUUUCCGUGUCAAGCGCCCGAGACGGUACUCGGUCAGCGCAUUGUCGAAGCUACGCCAAGCCCACCAGUGUCUGCGACAGAGGUGACGGAGGCGUGCGUGACGAGUACCCCUCGGUAUGCCUUUCUGAGCCGAGGGCCAACGCACCAAGCGUCUAGCGGGGACUUGCACAAUGACACGAUACCGGAAGAGGCCUUGCCCAACACCCUUGCGAUGCCGGUAGCCAUGCAAUCACCGACGUCAGCAAGGGACGUACCAUCGUGGCGGCUGGUGGCGCACGAGGUGUUGAGCGCCAUGUCCGACAGCUUGGUACUGCGUCUGCGCUUUGCAGGGCCUACGCGGCCCUCCGAGUCGGUCUCGGUCCAGCACUGGACCUUGUGUCACUUGGCGACGCACGCUGGCGUCGUCUUUCGCAUUUCGGAAACCACGGUGCAAGCCGACGCUUCGGAUGGCAUUUUUGUUAUCGUCAAGAUGCAGUUGGGGUCGUCACCAGCAAUCGCACUGGACGUCGCCGGAAAACACACAGCAAAUCAUGCACCAGCGCCCAUGCUGAAGCAUUUGCACUCGAUCACGGCGCUCUCAACCGCGACGCCGACAGCUGACAUGGCCUCGUCCAGCGAGUCGUCGGACAAGAUGUUCUCGGCAGCGGUGCCCGCCCACCGCACCGAACUUGUCUUGUGCGAUGCCGUGGCGUGGGGCACGACGCAGACACUGCAUCCUGACUGUGAGCCACCGCGGGUCGCUGACGAGAGCGUCAACAUGGCCGAGCGACCACGCACGAGCUCUGGGCCAUUGACGCCGUGGAAGACUGGGAUGCCGAAUCGGGGUCUCUCAAUCGGCGACGGUCGGCCGCAAACGCGGCCCAAGAGCUGCGCCUGCUUCAAGAACGCAGACUUUUUCAAAAAUUCCGCGCGGCUUUCGAGUCACCACGAGCACUGCCCGCUCGUGGACGAGCCGCGCCGCCGACGCCACUCGCUCGCAGCGACUAUGGUGCUCGACAAGACAGUGGACAGCUGUCUACGGUCCCCCGCCAGCGUCAACGUGGUGCAGAUCCGGUUUCCGACCAAUUCCGCCUCGAACCGGUAG